AUGCCUGCUGGAGCACCACCAGCUAUAAGAAAAAUUAGUGAGAAGCAUGACAAGGUCUUCGUGACGGGCUGCCAGGAACCCGAUACUUCGCAGCCGCGGGCGAACGCUGCGUUUGUGGUGUUGGCUAGGAAUAAGGAAUUAGACGGGGUUAUACAAUCGAUCAAAUCCAUCGAGCGACACUUCAAUAGGUGGUAUCACUACCCCUAUGUAUUUUUGAACGAUGGCGACUUCAAUCAAACUUUCAAGGACGUAGUCGCAAACCACACGAGUGGCACUGUGGAGUAUGGGAAGAUCGACCCCGGCCAUUGGGGAUUCCCUGAUUGGAUCGACCCAAAGGUUGCUAAGGAGGGAAUCGCAAAGCAAGGAGAUGCUGCUAUCAUGUAUGGUGGCAUGGAGAGUUACCACUCCAUGUGCAGAUUCUACUCUGGAUUUUUCUACAACCAUGAACUCUUGGCGAAAUAUGAAUGGUACUGGCGCCUGGAGCCAGAGAUUAGCUAUUUCUGCGACAUUACAUACGAUCCGUUCCUCAAGAUGAUUGAAUCAAACAAAACAUACGGCUUCACAAUCGCAGUCAAGGAAUUGAAGGAGACAGUCCCGAAUAUUUUCCGAUACGCGUCUGCAUACAAGAGGGUCAACAAUAUCACCUCCCAGGGCCUUUGGGAAAUGUUCGUCGAACCUGCGCCCGAGGAGCCGAAGGAGCUCCCAGAAGACCACCCCAACUACAAGGCGCCUCUGCCAGAAGAAAUCUUGCGGGGCGAUCCUUCCCGCGCUUCUCUACCUAACAUUGAUCCUGAAACCAUGGAGGGCGAGAAGUAUAACAUGUGUCAUUUCUGGUCGAACUUUGAAAUUGCUAGACUUAGCUGGUUCAGGAGUAAGGAAUAUCAAGAUUUCUUCGAAAUGAUGGAUCGUAGUGGAGGGUUUUGGAUGGAGCGCUGGGGUGAUGCGCCUAUCCACUCUCUCGCAGCUGGUGCUCUCCUUGCACCCCGAGAUAUCCAUUACUUCCGCGAUUUUGGGUACCGGCAUACCACGAUCCAGCAUUGUCCAGCAAAUGCUCCAGCGCGACAAAUGCCGCGGAUUCCAUACCUCGAAAUGACAACAUUGGACGAGAAAAAACGAAGAGAAGAAGACGAGUACUGGGAGUCGUGGGAUCCCGUCAAAGAAAAUGGCGUUGGGUGCCGAUGCAGAUGUGACACCGAUAUUGUGGACGUGGAGGGGAAGCAAGGCUCCUGUCUAGCGGAAUGGGUUGAUGUGGCUGGUGGGUGGGCGAGUGCUUGA